CGUCCCCGCAUACUUAACCCUCGUGCUGGAGCUGCUCUUCCCCUCCAACCCCCCAGCACAUCUGUCGUGGCCCACCCCGUCUGUCGCCCCCGCACACACAGCACGGCAUCAUGUCGCACAUUACUCCCCCGGAAGAAAGCCCAUACUACCAUGACGACAAGAAGAACCAGGAGGGCGGUGUCGCCAUUGUCGAGGUCGGCCACCCCGACGACGACCUCGCCACGACCCACUUUGGCGAGCACGGCAUCAGGCGUGACCUUCCCCCGCGCGUCGUGUCCAUGAUUGCCAUUGCCGGCACCAUCGGCACGGGUCUCUUCCUUGGCUCUGGUGGUGCGCUCAUCAAGGGCGGCCCCGUCGGCAUGUGGCUAGGCUACACGCUCAUGGGCGCCGCCGUCGGUAUGAUGAUGACCACGCUGGGUGAAAUGUCGUGCUUUGCUCCCAACGUCGGUGGCUUCAUCGAGAUGACGACCAAGUACUUCGACCCGGCUCUCGGCUUCAUGUGCGGUAUCAACUACAUCCUCCAGGCCGGCUUCGGUAUCCCGACCGAGCUCGCCGCCAUCGCCAUCCUCUUCUCGUACUGGGACCACAACUCCAAGCACGCCGCCAUCUACAUCGUCGUCUUCCUCAUCCUCACCGUCGCCGUCAACAUUAUCGGCGUCAAGUGGUACGGUGAGAUCGAGUUUGUGUUCGCCUGCCUCAAGGUCGCCAUGCUCGUCGGCCUCAUGCUCUUCGGCCUCAUCGCCGACCUGGGUGGCAUCCCGCCGAAGCACGAGUACAUUGGUGGCAGGUACUGGCGCGAGGAGCCCUUCAACGACAACUUCCGCGGUGUCAAGCCCGUCGAGCUCAGCCGCUUCCUCGGCUUCUGGGGCGUCUUCACCCAGGCCGCCUUCUCCUACUCUGCCAUCGAGUCGGUCGCGUCGCUUGCCGGUGAGGCCCACAACCCCCGCAAGACUCUCCGCAUGGCCAUCCGCACCGUCUUCUACCGUAUCGCCGGCAUCUACGUCCUCGCGACCCUCAUCAUCGGCCUCGUCGUGUCCCAGAACUCGCCCGACCUCAAGUCGGCCAUGGCCAGCGGAUCGGGUACCGCCGGUGCCUCGCCCUUCGUCGUUGUCGCCAAGCAGAUGCAGGUCAAGGUCCUCCCCCACAUUGUCAACGCCGUCGUCAUCACCUCUGCCCUCUCGUCGGGCAACGAGCAGACCUACGCCUUUGCCCGUUCCCUCAUGGCCAUGGCGCGCAACGGCCAGGCCCCCAAGAUCUUCCUCGCCACUUCCAAGCUCGGCAUCCCAUGGGCCGGUGUCGCUCUCUCGGCCUGCUUCGCCUGCCUCGGCUUCCUCUCGGCCGGCGCGAGCGGCGCCGCUCAGGCCUUUGUCUGGCUCCAGAACCUCUCGGCUCUUUCGUGCCUCGUCUCUUGGGCUUCCAUCUGCCUCGCCUACACCCGCUUCAUGCGUGCGUGCAAGGUCCAGGGCGUUGACCGCAAGAAGUUUGUCUUCCGCGGCUACGGCCAGCCGUACAUGGCGUGGUUCUGCUUCUGUUUCUUCACCGUCAUCCUCGUCUUCAACGGCUUCGCCGCCUUCAUCCCCUCGUUCAACGUGUCAGACUUCUUCGCCUCGUACAUCACGGUCCCCGUCGUCCUCAUCUCGUUUGUCGGCUGGAAGAUCUUCAAGAAGACCAAGAUGCCCCGCCUCGAGGACAUUGACCUGUCCAACGGCCCCAAGGAGGCGCUCGUCGGCACCCGCUACGACCCCAACUCGCCCGCGUACGACGCUCGGUACGCUGGCAACAGCCACUACGCCUGAGUAGUUUAUAAUUGUAGUAUAGGAGAAGAGUAAAAAAGUUGUGAUGUAAACGUUAGCAGAGUG